AUGAACUGAAUACCUUAUAGGCAUUGUGUUUUUAUAAGUAAUAUUGAUGAAGAGUGUUUAAAUGGUAAAAAUUUUGGUAUUAGAUUUUUAUAUUGUUUUGAAUCAGGGUUUGAUCUGUAGAUAAAGAAAAAUUUGAAGAGAAAGUAUUUAAAAGAGAAGUGAUCUGUAUAUUAUGUAAGUACUGAGUUGAAAGGAUUAGUAAAAAAAAAAGAAGGGUAAAACGAAAUCAAAAAUUCUAAAUAUAGAAAACAAUAAUUUAAAACGUAUUUGAGAGAAGAAAUCUUGUAUGACUAAGUUUAAAUGAAAAGUUGUGAUGUCAUAAACAUGAAGAAUAGAAGGAUAUUAAUAUAAUGAGAUGAGAGGAUAUCUUAAUAUUCAGGUUUAAUUAAAUUGAUAAAUAUUAAUAAUUUAUGAGCAAACUUGAUAAUCUAAAAGUAAAAAGUCUUUAUAUGAAAUCAGAACCUCUAAAUUUAGUAGCUAAAGGAAGUUAAUCCUGAACACAUGGAUUAGGCAGCAGCAGUAAAGUUUACAUCAAACCGUUUGAAUGCCCUUGAGAAAUUUGUUAGAGAUUCCUUACAUUAAGAUAAAGAAUACUUUGCAGGAGAGGUAAUACAUAUAUUAAGAGAAUUUAGAGAAGCACACUUCAAAACAUUAUAGAUACUCUAACUACAGAAAGCAAUCGACUAUAAUAACAUUUACAAGUGAAUAGGGAAUAAAAAUAAUCAGUAAUAAUCAUAAAUAUAUCUGUUAGAUUGAAGCAGAGCUAAAAAUAUCUCAUGAUGAGAUAACUAAAUUAUAGGCAAUAGUACCUUAACAUGAUGAAAAAGAACUUCAAAAUAAGAUUUAAGUUGCUAAAAAAGAAAUCAUGAGCAUAAAUAAAAUGAGAUAGGAUGAUGCUAAUAGUUUGAAUAUUAAUGAUUUAAGUAAGUGAAAUCUAUAUUUGAUAGAGUAAUUAAAUAUUAAGAAUAAAGAUAAAGAAAGUCCUGUUAAUGAAUUAUGGAUUUGGACUUUGGUUGUUAUUUAUAAAGAACCAGCCUCAAGUUAUUAUUGGAACAAUUUCAAAGUAAAUUUAUAUUUAAUCUAUUUUAAGGAAUAAGUAUUUGAAAAACCUGAAGGAUCUUAAGACUUUAAAGAAAGAUUAGGAAGAGUGAAAGCGGUUGAUAUGAAAAAAGAUGAAUUUGAAAGAACAUAAAAUUUAUUGAAAUAAAAAGAACAAAUAAUAGCUUCUAAUAUUCUAACUCCACCAAUAUUAGCUUAGAUCAAUAUCAUAUUUAAAAUUGUGGAUUUAAUGAUUUAAGUAGAAAAGAAAUCCAAAGAGAUUCAUGAAAAUGAAAAGUUGUUAUAAAAAGUAUAUUUUUAAUUUAUUCUAGCUUGCUCUUGAUAAGUAAUAAAUUUAAUCAGAUACUAACAAGAAUUAAGAUAAAGCUAAAAUUUUAUAGGAUAGAAUAAACUUUUUAGAUACAAUUCAUAAGGGCUAUUAAUUUAUGCAUGAUGCUAUGAUCAAGAAAAUACAUAGCUAUCAAUAAGCAUAGAUUUUAAAUGAUAAAUUUACAGAACAAAUAGAAUCGAGCUUUAGUAAUUUAGAUUUCUCUAAAAGUUAUAAUCAAGUUUUAUUUCUUAAUCUAUUUUUAGUAAUAUGUCCCUUAAAUUGUUUAAACCAUAUAACAUGAAAAUAUUGAUGUUUAAGAGAAUUAAUAAUAAGAAAUUAAAUAGGUAGUUGUUGAAGAAGAACAAUAGUAAAUUUAAGAAUAACAAAAGGUUAUUGAAGUUAAAUAAACAUUGCCAGAAUAAUAGAUAGAUUUGUAAAAUUAGCUUUAUAUUAAAAUUUUAGGUAAUAGUAACCACCAACAGAAAUUGUACAAACAAAGACAGGAGGUUGUGAAGCUUGCAAUGUCUUUUGAGAGAAGUGAUAUUCAAUAAUAAAAUCAUA